GCGCCGCUUCAACAAGAGGUGAAUGUCUUAUUCCGUUUGAAUACCAAUUCUUUUUUGAUCGUGCAUACUGUGUUUUUGUCAUCCGUCACAUGUGUUUCGGCUGAGUCACUUUAUUCGGUGAAGGUUUCGUUUUGUAAGUUUUUGAGGAUGUCUCGAUAGUGUUUAUGCGCGAAAGCUUGGAAAGCUCCGUAUGUUGCGAUGCCAGUGUGAUUGUAACCGUUACAACUUAUCAAGAAGUUCAUUGUUCUAGACUGGUGCCGACGUCCCGCCGUACAGGAUGCCGCCGGCGCCGGACGCGGCACUGCCCGGUGCGCCCGCGCCGGCCGCGCUCCACACACACUCCAAUAAGUUUCCUAUCGAGCGCGAAGUGAUCCUGUCAUCUGGCGACAAGAACUCGAAGGUUCCUAUUCUUCAGCAAGAACGAAGACGUGGGCGUCUAGGAGCCGUGGCUCCGGACACGCCUCCGAAGGCCCUGGCUGCUUGGACCCAUGGUGAUAACCAAGCAGGCACAUCAGGCGACAUCAGGCAAUACCACGAGCAAAACUAUGGCUACGUCAUGCAAAACCCCGCUCGUCCACAAGGGUACGACACCCCCAAACCACCGGUACCCGCCAAAAACUACAGCCCCAAAACAGAACACAAUUCUCAAAUGAUAACAGUCACUGUAGAAACAGGGAAAGACAACACACGUGACGCCCCUAAAAACGCCAAAUCUGUGAGCAAGACCUAUCAUACACUAAAAGAUAUGAUAUCAAGUAGAUUCAAAAGCAAAGAAAAUAAUGACAAUGAGAAAGAACCUGAAGCAAAUUUGAAUAACAGUGAAGAGAGAAAGAGAGAGCCGGAGCCGACGAGAGAACCAGGGAGGAAGGAGCAGAUAUAUGGAAGACCUCUGACGCAGAAUAGGCCAGACAUUCAGAACAGGCCGGAAAUUCAGAAUAGGCCGGAAAUUCAAAAUAGGCCAGAGAUGCAAUACAGUCAUGGAAUGGCGAAUAAUGUGACGUACCAGAGUCCAUCUCCACACAGGCAGUUAAUGCAGCAGCAGAUGGUCCACCAGCAGAUGCUCCUCAGCGCAGCCAGGUCCCAGGAGAUGCUGGCCAGUCCACACAGGUCUCAGGCCUUGGGAGCUGACGCCUUAUAUCAGCAAUACGGGCCUCCUGGACGAAGAAGCGCGGUGUACCAGAGAGACAUCGAUGUUAGGUCGAUGGCGAACUUUACUUCAUUGAAGACAGGACCGCAAUCACAGUUUGAGUCCCAUUCAAGACCAGAUCUCAGAAGCCCACAGCAGUUAGAAAGAGAAAUCAUCAGGCAAAGACACUUGACUGAUGACCGACGAGCCUCAUCUCAUCCUCACUUACUGGACGAGCCACGACAAAGACCUCAAGUAACCACACCUCAAAUCCAUGACAGAUCCAGAAGAAACUCUCAUGGAAAUCUCCUCGAAGGCACAUCAGUUGACGGCCCUCAACGUCAUUGCGAUGAACGAGAAUCAGAUGACGGUGGAUUCAGAGCCCGAUUAGCCGCGCAAGGAAGAUCAAGCUUCGAAGAACGUAUCAGAACAAGCGGCAGGUCUAUAGAAUCAAACCGCCAAGAGAAACAGGAAAACUACAGAAAAACACCUGACAGUCACAAAGAAAGGAGAACUCCAGACUCGAUUAGCCAAAGACAGAGAGAGGAAGCUUCUACGUCGGCUCAAAUAGAAAGGGAAGAAAGCGCGAGCCAGAAAUCUGCUGAUAGCGUUUAUAACUCAAGCGGGAAAGCCGAACCUUACAUUCCACAGCCGUCGUCAUCGAGGCAGACACCGAACAGGAUAGAAGAUCUGAAAGCGCAUGGGAGGAAGGGAGCCAACGGAUCCGGUGCCAGUUCAGAUUACGAUAAGAACGGCGGGCAAUCGUCGAACGUUGAUUCCGGUCGCGGCAGCGCGGCGUACUCGAGCGGGCGGCGCGCCGAGCCGGGCGCGGACGCUGCCGACUCGGACCGAGCGCCGCCUGCGCAGCAGCAGCCGCAAGCCGAGAAUGAAUGGGCAGACCUAGUAGAAUGCGAGCUGCGCCAGAUCCUGGAGCCGAAGCUAGCAGGCAUGAGGCUGGACAGCUCCGCCAGCUCACUCAGCUCGGUCACGCCGCCGCUGCCGCCGCUGUCGCCUGCUUCAGACCACAAUAAACGGAACAGCUUACCAGGGCGUGCUGAAUACUCCGACGAUCGCAGGCGUGGCCGAGAUUCACCGCGUUGGCACUCGCACAAGAAGCAUUCCUCGAAGAGGGACCACCACUACAAGAAACACCUGUUCGGCCUUGACACAACAGACAUGACAUCAACGACAACGCGCAGCCUAGACCUGUCGUCGUUGCUGGACGCGCGCACCGACAGCGACGCGUCUUGCGGCGACGCGCGCGCCAUCCGCCGGCAGCUGCGGGGGCUCGAGACCAUGUACGCGGAGGUGCUGCAGCUGCUGGGCGUCAGGAAACCCGCCAGCCUGGCGAAACAGCCCGCCUGGGAAGCGAGGUUGACGUCAAAGCGGCGGUAUGGCAGCAUGUCGUCUCUCCCAUCGAGCUCGGUCAGCAGCCGGCCGGUCCGGGAAAAACGACGGAGCUCUAAUGAGAACAGAAAGAAGCAUGACAUCAAGGGCAUCAACAAGCGUUUCCAGCGCCUGGAGUCCCACGUGGUGACGCUGGCGCGGUCAGUGGCGCACCUCUCCAGCGAGAUGAGGACCCAGCAUCUCGUGAUGCAGGAGAUGGACGCCAUCCGAGCGGAGAUCACAGCGCUGCGGCAUAUGUACAAGUCCCAGCAAUAUCUGCGCACAGGCCAGCUGCCGCUGUCUGACCCGUUCUCCUUCAGCAACCCGGACCGGGUGAAGCGACUGACAAAGUUCUUCGGAGACGAGCCGCCCCUCAUGAGACUGUUCCUUAAGAAGCUUGGAUAUGAGAAAUACGCCGCUCUGCUGGAAAAGGAGAAAGUCGGAGCGGCCGAGCUCCCAUACGUGGGUGAAGACAAACUGCGGGCCUUGGGAGUUCCCCUGGGACCUCGCAUGCGAAUAUUGAAGGAAGCUGGCAUACACCAUGACAUGCACCACCUGUCGAGAGACGACCACCACAAUACUACAACUACAUUGGCUAUAGUUUAAAUAAACCCUGGUGGCAAUCUACAAGAGCUUGCGACUUUCAAUCCGGAGUGUCGCGGGUUCGAACCCCGGCUCGUACCGAUGAGUUUUUCGGAAUUUUGAUAUUUGCCAGUUGCUUUUCGGUGAAGGAAAACAUCGUGAGGAAUCGGACUAAACCCAAUAAGGCCUAAUUACCCUUCGGGUUGGAAGGUCAAAUGGCAAUCACUUUCGUAAAACUAGUGCUUAAGCCAAAUCUUGGGAUUAGUUGUCUAAUCGAGGAGCAAGGACGAUAAU